AUGUUGAUAAUUGUGCGAAAACGGCUGUUUGCGAAAAGAAACCUUUCAAAAGUCGUCGAAAAAGCAGCAAAAGAAGCUGGGUUUACGAAGCUACUUCCUGUUCAAAAACUCGUUGUGGAAAAUGUAGAUCAUGGAAAAUCCAAUAUUCUUGUUCGUUCUCCAACUGGUUCUGGCAAGACACUCGCUUUUCUUCUCCCCGUCGUUGAUCACAUUCUUCAAAAUCCAUCGACCAAUUCUUCUCAAGUUCUGAUCAUUGCUCCGUCGCGAGAUUUGGGAAUUCAAAUAAUGAAAGAGCUACGAAAGCUAUUCGAGCAUCUGCAAGACGACUUUGUGGGCGAUUGGAUGUCUUUUUGCGCGUUUAUCAGCGGUGGAAAAUCGACAAAGUCGAACCUGUUCUUUCUUCAGAAAUCGCCACGAAUCGUCAUCGGUUCUCCUGGCAUUCUUCUUGAAAUGGUAGGAUCGGAGAUGAUUGAACCAGAUGACUUUGAAUUGGCUGUGUUGGAUGAAAUAGAUCAGCUUCUUUCAAAGGGGUUUUCGGAAGAGACGGAAGAGAUUUUGAGCCUCAUUUCUCCGGCGCGAUAUUUGGGCUUUAGUGCAACGAAUUCAGUCGAAUUUGAAGAUCGUUUGAGAAUCAUUGCGGGAAAUAGCAAAAACUUCUGCUAUUUGGAAACGGAAAAUGAAAGGCUUAUAGAAGAAAAGCGUCCCUUCGAAACAUCUUCAACCCUUUUUCAUUACAAAAAAUCUCUCAAAACUCUCGAAAUUACUCCCUCUUCAAUCGCUCAAGUAAUCGCUCAAAUUCGCUCCGAAUUCGCGAAUGAACUCGGAUCGACCAUCGUCUUCUGCAACAAGAAAAGAGAAGUUGAUGCUCUUGCUGGGUCGCUGAGAUUUAUAGAGAAUGCGCCUUGGAAUGCGGUCUUUCAGAUUCACGGAGAAUUCCAGCAAAAUCAGCGAAAUAAGAUUAUGAAGGCAGUGAGAGAUACGACGAAAAGCUUGCUAAUAGGCACGUCGCUUAUUUCCCGUGGUAUCGAUUUACCCGACGUUGAUUUGGUCAUUCAUCUCGGCUGCGCGAAUCAGUCAACGAAAGAAAUGGCUCAUCAUCGGAGCAACAUCCCGUAUCAGGAGCAAAACGAUCUGCUAGAAAGCGAAUUGUCCGCAAAAACAAACAGACUGAAGCAAAUUGCGAUCAAAAUUGGCGACGAAGCAAGAUAUCAAAAUGACUUGCUCAAGAAAAUGGAUAGCGACUUCGACAAGAGUCAGGGAUUUCUGGGAUCGACCUUCUCCAAAGUAAAGAAACUCUCGGCCAAGGGCUACGGAGGAAUGUGGUGCACGCUCUUCAUGUUCAUUUGCGCCUUCUUCUUCGUUCUGUAUCUCAUUCUUCGAUUCUAG